AAUAGAAGAACAUAAAUGUCCAAAGGUGACAUAUAGGACAACGAUGGAUCAUCACCGUUAAUAUAACCAAUUGUCGUUACCAUUCUCCGCCGUACAUAUACACCUUCCACUUCCCUCUGCCGGUUCCCUCUCACACGGAACAAUGGCGGCACCACCGCCGUCGCAUCUGCAUACCAUACUAUCUAUCUUCCUCUUCCUCCUCCACCUCUCUCUCCUCCAUGCCACUCUGCCACCUAGCAACCACCCAGACCUAGCUCCAUUACUGUCGUUCAAAUCGUCCUCAGACAUCUCAAACAAGCUCUCCUCCUGGAAAAACUCAUCGAACCCAUGUGACAAGUCCUCGGGCUUCUACGGCGUCUCAUGCCUCCAUAACCGAGUCACCGGACUCGUCCUUGAAGACCUUAAUCUACAUGGACAAUUCGACUCACUCACCUCCCUCGUUAAGCUUCGUGUCCUCUCUCUGAAACGCAACCGUCUCGUCGGUCCAAUUCCCGAUCUCUCCAAUCUCACUUCUCUGAAACUGCUUUUCCUAUCUUAUAAUCAGAUCUCCGGCGAGUUCCCGCCAUUGUUACCCUCUCUAUUCCGUCUCGAUCUGUCCCAUAACAACCUCUCCGGCGGUAUUCCGGCUACACUCAACCGUUUGACUCAAUUGUUGACUUUACGUUUAGAGGAAAACCAGUUUUCGGGUUCGAUUCGGUUUCUGAAUUUAUCGAGUUUACAGGACUUUAAUAUUUCUAUGAACAACGUUUCCGGCGAAAUACCUGCAAGUCUUUCGGGGUUCUCCGAUUCCGUUUUCUUAAACAACUCGGUUUUAUGCGGAUUCCCACUUCUCCGAUGCAAGGAACCCGAAAUACCCUCUGAUGUGUCGUCAUCUCCGACCUCCCUGCCUUGGACGGCGGCAGUGCCUAGUAAUAAAAAAUCUGGAAAUAACAAGAUAAGUACUCUCGCCAUUGCAGCCAUUAUAAUCGGAGAUGUUUUGGUACUGGCAUUAGUGUCGUUACUACUGUACUGCUAUUUCUGUCAGAAAUCCGGCGAAGAAUCGAUAAACGAGAAGAAGAACGUUCAGCAAGUGGAGAAGACAGCGUACCCAACUCCGCCGGUGAGUUCGUUCGAGAAGGGUAGAAUGGUGUUUUUUGAUGGAGCGAAGAGGUUUGAACUGGAGGAUUUGUUGAGAGCGUCGGCGGAGAUGUUGGGUAAAGGUGGGUUAGGGACGGCGUACAAGGCGGUGUUGGAUGACGGGCAUGUGGUGGCGGUUAAGCGGCUGAAGGAGGUGGUGACUGGUGGUAAACGUGAAUUUGAACAGCAGAUGGAGGUUUUAGGGAGUUUACGGCAUCCUAACGUCGUUAGUUUGAAAGCUUAUUAUUUUGCAAAAGAUGAAAAAUUGCUUGUCUACGAUUACAUGACUAACGGCAACUUGUUCUGGCUUCUUCACGGAAACAGGGGCCCAGGAAGAACACCAUUGAACUGGUCAACAAGGCUGAAGAUAGCAGCCGGAGCUGCCAGAGGCCUGGCUUUCAUUCACACCACCGGCACCUCCGUUAAACUCAUCCACGGCAACAUCAAAUCCACAAACAUCCUUCUCGACAAAUCCGGCAACGCCUGCGUCUCCGACUGCGGCCUCUCCUCCUUCACCCCUCCAACUGCCGCCCCAAGAUCCGCCGGCUACCGUGCACCUGAACUAUCAGCGGCCGGCAACAACCGUAGUAAGCCCACUCAAAAAUCCGACAUUUACUCUUUCGGGGUCCUGUUAAUGGAGCUUCUCUCCGGAAAAUGCCCAUCCAAUGUGGACGGUAGUGGGGUUCUGGACCUGCCACGGUGGGUUCAGUCGGUGGCGAGAGAAGAAUGGACGGCGGAGGUGUUUGAUUUGGAGCUGAUGAGAUACAAGGAUAUUGAAGAAGAGAUGGUCCAGCUGAUGAACAUUGCUUUAUCAUGUACCUCAGGUGCAGUGGAUCAACGCCCUACCAUGGAACAUGUUGUGAAAAUGAUCGACGACAUAGAUGGAGCUGAGGAGAUGUCACCGCGGAAUGACUCCUUUGACUUGGUUUCUUCUAACUCGCCUUCGGUUAUCGAGACGUGAUGAGUCAAUGGUUAGUGUUCUUGACAACAAAUUAAAAUUGUUUUAUUAUUUUUUGCUCAAAUUGAUGUGAUGUGAUGUAAGUUUGCUUUAAUCAAAUCCUUGUUGAUUAAUUAUUAAAUAUUAUUAAAUUAUCUUGUUUUACGUG